CGCCGGAAGUCUCCUGGGCCGCCGGAAGCGGGGGCCAGCGCGGCCGGCGGCGGUGCGUGCGGGGCGACUGGGGCGCCCGCGGCGUGCAGGCUUCGGCAUGGGCCUUCUGAGCGGGGCUGCUCGCGCGCUCGUGCGCGGCGCGGACCGCGUGAGCCGGUGGACCAGCAAGCGGGGCCCGCGCACCUUCUACAAGGGCCGCGGCGCCAAGGGCACCGGCGUCCGCGGCCGCAACGGGAAGUUCGUGCAGGUCCAGGAGAUGGUCCCGGAGCUGGUGGUGCCCGAGCUGGCGGGCUUCCGGCUGCGGCCGUACGUGAGCUACCGCGCCCCCGCGGGCCCGGACGCGCCCCUGACGGCCGAGCAGCUGUUCCGGGAGGCCGCGGCCCCGGCCGUCGAGGAGGACUUCAGGGACGGCACGCUGGACCCGGCGCGGCUGGAGAAGUACGGCUUCGAGCCGGCGCAGGACGGCAGGCUCUUCCCGCUGUACCCCAGGAACUUCCCGCGCUAGCAGCCGCGGCCGCCACGCGGGGCCCGCUCGCCCGCAGAGGACGGCGCCUGGGCAGGCCACGCGCUCCGGGGAGUGCGGGUGCCUAGAUAAACGCCGCUGAACCCGAACCUCGGCCCGGAGUCUUCUGUCGGGGGGAGCGCGCCGCCUUCUUACGGGUC